AUGGCUUCUAAUGCUACCGAUAUGAUGACAGUCUCUAAAGACGCUAAAAAUGAUCACAAUGAUCAAUCAAUUGUACAUAAAAACAUUCAGACAGAUCAGCAAUGUACACAUCCAAUGUCCGAUGCUGAUCACUGUAUACAGUCUUCGGCAAACGAUGUUGAUGAUGCACUCUCAGACGAGGAAUACGAUGAUUAUGUCAGUGAAGACGAUUACGGCGUCGAACACUCAGCUUCCGAUGCUGAGAGCACAUCUUCAAGAGUAUUGCGUGAUUGA